UUAAACAUGGACAAAAAGAUAAUAUUUGUAGUCAUAGUAUGUAUGCUUACAUGUAAAACUGUUUAUUCUUCUCAAGAAAUCAUACAAACUAUGUCAAUAAAUUACAUGAAAGGUCUGGACACGUGUAAAAGUGAGUUGAAUCUCCCCGACGUUGUCGAUAUAGAAUUCGCUCAGUUUUGGCGCGAGGACUACAUAAUAAAUAACAGGCUUACGGGGUGCGCCAUCGUGUGCCUUUCUUCAAAGCUGGACCUGCUGGAACCAGACGGCAGUCUGCACCAUGGAAACGCCGCUAAUUUCGCAAAGAAACACGGCGCCGACGAGGCAAUGGCACAGCAACUGAUCGACAUACUACAUCAGUGUGAGCAGCAGUACCCGGACAAGAUGGACGCCUGUCUGCACGCGCUAAAAGUCUGCAAUUGUUUCAAAACACAAAUACACAAACUAAACUGGGCCCCGGACGUAGAGCUCAUUGUGGGGGAAGUGCUCGCGGAAAUUUAA